AUGUCUGUACCUAAUUUCAAAGACCUUUCAUUCUAUGCUAACCCAGAUGACCACAUUGCAAGAUAUAGGCAAUUGGUCAAGACUUUUAGAGAUAACUUCAGUGGUGAAGAGCCAGAAUUUAUCUCUCGUUCCCCAGGGAGAGUCAACUUGAUUGGUGACCACAUUGACUACAGUUACUUUUCAUGUCUUCCUAUGGCCAUCGAAGUGGACUUGAUUGCCGCAGUCAAGCCAUUGAAAGAUAGUAGAGAAGUUGUGUUAACCAACUCCGAUCCUCACUUCCAAAGGGAAUCGUUCGAAAUUCCAGCUAAUGGCGACUUAGUGGCCAUUGACAAUGACAAUUUCUCCUGGUGUAAUUACUUCAAAUGUGGGUUAAUUGUUGCUCAAAAGUACUUAGAAGAAAAUAAGGUGGGACAUGCUUCCAUGUGCGGACUCCAUAUUACCUUCGACGGAACGGUCCCAACUGGAGGAGGAUUGUCUUCUUCAGCAGCAUUUUGUGUUGCGUCCACCAUGGCUGUCUUAAAGGCGAACGGUGUCACUGAGAUUACCAAGGAAGCUUUGACUCGUAUCACAGUUGUAUCUGAACACUACGUCGGUGUUAAUACAGGUGGAUUGGAUCAAUGUGCUUCAGUUUACGGUGAAAAGGAUAAAUGUUUAUUGGUCCAAUUCCAACCAAAAUUGGAAGGAAAGGCAUUUGCAUUUCCAGAUGUCGAUAUGGUAUUCUUGAUUACAAACUCUUUAAUGCAGGCCAACAAGAAGGAAACUGCUCCUUUCAAUUAUAACUUGAGAGCAGUAGAAGUGGCUGUAGCUGCUGAGUAUUUGGGCAAAUAUUUCAACUUACAGCUCGUGCAAGAUUCAAACUUACAAACUGGGAGCUUAAGGGGAUUUAUGGAUGCUUACUUCAAGGCUACAUGGGAUAACGAUAUCGAAAUUGGUAUUCAAAGGUUGGAAAAGAUGUUGGAAGUUGUUGAGGAAGUAUUCAAAUCAUCGGAAGACAAAAUAGGAUUGACUACUGAGAAAGUUGCACAAUUCUUGAACCUUUCCUUGGAAGAAUUUCAGGCCAAGUUCUUAUCCAAAUUCCCAGUCGUUUAUGAAAAGUUAAAAUUAUAUCAAAGAAGCAGACAUGUAUACGAGGAAAGUUUACUUGUUUUGAAGACCUUGAGACUCUUAGGACAAGUGCAUCAAGACGAUGAACAAUUUUUGUCUCAAUUCGGAGACUUAAUGAACGCAUCUCAAGAAACUUUGCGUACUAGGUUCGAAAACUCAACUCCUGAGGUGAACAGUAUAAUUUCAAUCGCUCGCUCAAAUGGUGCUUAUGGUUCCAGAAUUACUGGUGCUGGAUUUGGGGGAUCUGCCGUGCACUUAAUUAAGGGCUCAGAGGUUGAAAAAGUUACGAAGGCAUUAACUAAAGAUUACUACAAAACAAUUUUCCCAAAAAUUACUGAGGAUGAGCUUAAGGAUGCCAUUACAAUCAGUAAGCCUGCAAUGGGAACAUGUACCAUUAGCAUUGACAAUUUCUUGUAA